AUGAACCAACAUUCAGCUUUUCUUCGUCCGCACCAUGGGAAAACAAAUAAUUCUCUCAGUAGUAAUUCUUCAUCAUCAACAUCGAAUGACACAGAUGAGAAUUCGACGAUAAAGAACUUAAUCUACAAACAUAUUACCAAAGGACAGCAAUCGACCAUGACGACGACUUUGAACAAAGGUACAAUGCGUGGCAUCCUUGGUGAAGUUGGUAAUAUGACCCUAUCGAAUAAACCAAUGAUUUCUAAGCCUAAAAUAAUUCAACAACAAAGUUCAUUUGCGACAAUUAUCGAAUCGAAAUCAGUUGUUAGUGUUCCACCACCAGCACCACCGCCGGUAGUUAUUCCAUCAAUCACAACAACAACGGCAACAACAGUCGUUGAUGAAGAGGUCGAAGAAAUUAUUUCAGAUUAUGAGGACGAUGAAUAUGUAUCGGACGUACCAGCUGAAUUUGAUUGCGAUAGCGGUGAUCGACAUAACAUCAUUACAGCUUCGGAAUAUGUGGGUGAAAUUUGCAAAUACUGGAGAGAAUUGGAAGAACGUACGCCCAUUCGACAAAAUUUCCUACUGAAUCGCCGUGAAGGCACGGCUUCGCCGCAAAAUCGCGCGGUCUUAAUUGAUUGGCUUUAUCAAGUCCAUGAUCGUUUCAAACUUCUUUCGGAUACAUUUCAUAUGACUGUUAAUUUUAUUGAUCGUUAUUUACAACUUGUUGAUGUAUCCAAACAUGAUCUGCAGCUUAUUGGAUCGGCUGCCUUGUUAUUGGCUUGCAAAUAUGAGGAAAUGACCAUUCCCGGCAUGAAUGAUUUCGUCUAUGUCUCUGAUAAUGCUUACUCCAAAGAAGAUAUGAAAGAAAUGGAACGCCGUAUAAUAUCAACCUUAUCUUAUGAUCUUGGACGGCCAUUAUCCAUCAAUUAUCUUCGUCGUUAUUCGAAAAUCAUCCAAGCAACGGAUCUAGAACAUACGUUAGGCAAAUACCUUCUCGACUUAACCUUUAUCGAUCAUUCGUUUUCUCAUCUUCUUCCAUCGUAUGUCGCAGCAUGUGCUUCAUUUCUUUCACGUUAUUUGCUUGCGUAUAAACGCGUUACUCCUUCGACAUCAAUGUCGUUAUUAGUUGAACAUUUGUGGCCCGCCAAAUUUAUGUUAUAUCAUACUGGCUAUACCUACGAACAACUUCGUCAAGGUAUUGAACAAUUAGGCCAAUUACUUAUUGGUCAAGAAACAGCGAAGUUAAAAAGUGUACACAAGAAAUUCUCCCAAAGUAAUAUGUUCUCAAUAGCACAACAUAAUUGCUGCAAAAGUGCGUUUGUACAAAUUGCACUAACUCGUCUAACAAAGUAA